UUGAUCAUCAUCAAGAAUCGCGCCUAAAGUUUGGAGGCAAGCUGGGGCUGGAGGUCUGCUGCAUGUACUGCCGUAGAACGCCGAUUGCCUUGGUUGCCUUGUGAAGGAGACGGGAAGGAGCGCGCAGAAGCUGGUCCAAGUAAAAGUAUGCAAUGAAAGUUUGAACAUCGUGUUGCUCCUGGUGCCCAAUCGACAUGGUGUUGGCGUCCGGCUCCGCUUGUGCGAGCAUCUCGAGCAGGGAGGUGUCCAUCGGUGCCUUCAGAGACCAAUGGAAGAGUGGUCUCUCGGGAUCAAGCCCAUUGCGGAACACUUCGUCAGGGCCCAAAGCCGUGAGCUUGAGAAAGAGCUUCCAUCCACCAUUGGGAACAUCGUCGCCGCCGCAACUGCAAUCUUUUUGGCGACGGGCAACGUUACUGCGUGGCAGGCAGUCUGGUGCCAGCGCUUCCUUGCUUGACUGCGGCAAUUUCCGGAGCUUUGGGCCUGCUAGGUCUGUUAGACGUUGGUCGAAGCGCGAGGUUGCUGCCCGCAGUACUCAAGACUGGGACUCCAACACCAUCUCUCUGGACAGCAGCGUUAGCUUUCCUGCGUCGGAGGAGGCAGUGGAAGAACGUAUCAGUCAAGCGGAAGAGGCAAGCAGCUCAAAUGGUGGUGCGCGCCACGCCACACCUGCCGCUCCAGAACCCUCGGCGGACGAGGCUUUCAGGCUUUCCACGCCAGCUGACGGGGAGGCCGGGGCAGCGGAACCCAGUACGUCGGGGCGAAGCAGCGAGGCUGCGGCAGAGGCGGAGUCAAGCGGGAAAGGGGAUGCAAGCCUGGGGCAGAGGGUGCGGCGGCUCUUCGCGUUUUUGAGGACGAUUGGCCCUGGCGGGGAGUGGUGGAACAUCGAGGGGAGCAGGGUGCCGCUGAACAAGCAGGAGUCGGGGCAGGUGUUCAGCAGGGUGUGCCGCCUCGUGGCGGAGCGGCCGGUCAUGCCGCUCUGCGCGCUCUGCUUCCUCGUGCUGGCCUCGCUGUCGGAGCUGGCCAUCCCGCACUUCAUCACGUCCACCAUCUUCGCCGCCUCCCAGAACAACCGGCCGCAGUUCCUGGCCAACGCACGCUUCCUGUGCGUCAUGGCCGUCUCCUUUGGCCUCUUCAGUGGCCUCCGCGGCGUGUGCUUUGCCGUGGCCAACCAGCAGCUCAUCCUGCGCAUGCGCACCGCCCUCUACAAAACAAUCAUACGCCAGGAGGUGUCGUACUUCGACCAGACGGCGGUGGGCGACCUGACGAGCCGGCUGGGGAACGACUGCCAGGCGGUGGCUAAGGUCCUGGGGAUCAACGUCAACGUCAUGCUCAGGAACGCGCUCCAAGUGGUGGGCGGCAUGGCGUACCUGGUGUCGCUGUCGCGCUUCCUGUCGGUGACGACGGCGGUGGUGUGCGUGGCCAUGGGCGGCGUCAUGUUUGUGGCGGGGCGCUACCAGCAGGUGGCGGCGCGCGUGGUGCAGGACACGCUGGCCAAGGCCAACGAGGUCGCCGAGGAGUCCUUCUCGCUCGCCAAGAUGGUGCGCACCUUCGGCACCGAAAUGCAGGAGGCAGCCAGGUAUCGGCGGCAGGCGCAGGAGAUCGUGAACCUGAACAAGCGGCAGGCCGCGGUGUACGGCAUCAGCGCGUGCCUCACCAACAUGCUCUACUACUUCCUCGUGGUGUUUGCGCUGUACUUCGGCGGCGGGCACGUGAUGGCGGGCGGCAUCAGCGGGCAGGACCUGACGACGUUCGUGCUAUACGUGGAGAUGGUGGGCAGCGCCGCGUACAUGGUCGUGGACCAGUGGGCGUCGCUCAUGGAGGCGCUCGGCUCCUCCGCCGAGGUCUUCAAGAUGAUUGACAUGCCGCCCGCGAACCAGCUCGUGACGCCAGGGCGCGUGCUGCCUGCGUUGCGCGGCCACAUCGAGUUCCGCGGCCUGCACUUCCGGUACCCGGCCCGGCCGCACACGCCCGUGCUGACGGACAUCAACCUCACCGUUCAACCAGGACAGCUCGUCGCAUUUGUUGGCUUGAGUGGCAGCGGCAAGAGCACGCUGAUCCACCUGCUGCAGCGCCACUACGACCCCUCCGAGGGCCGCGUCCUCGUCGACGGGCAGCCCCUGCCCGAUUUGGACGCCGCCUGGUUCCGCAUGCAGCUCGGCGUCGUCAGCCAGGACCCGCACCUGUUCUCGACGAGCAUUGCGGAGAACAUUGCCUACGGCGCGGGCCCCGUCUCCCGCAGCGAGAUCGAGGCUGCGGCGCGCACUGCCAACGCGCACGACUUCAUCACUGCGAUGCCGGCGGGGUACGACACGGUGGUCAGCGACGGCCGGCUCAGCGGCGGGCAGCGCCAGCGGGUGGCCAUCGCGCGCGCGCUCGUGCGCAACCCCACCAUCCUCAUCCUAGACGAGGCGACGAGUGCGCUGGACGUGGACAGCGAGCGGCUGGUGCAGUCCGCGCUUGACGCCGCCAUGCAGCCCGGCACCGCCGCCAAGCAGCGCACCGUGCUCGUCAUCGCCCACCGGUUGACCACUGUGCGCAAUGCCAAUCUCAUUGUUGCAAUGAAGCACGGCCGGAUUGUCGAGACUGGUACGCACGACGAGUUGAUGGCGCAUGGAGGGGAGUACGCACGACUGGCACAGCGGCAGCUCAGUCAGGCCUAGCGGGCGAAAGAGGCUGCGAGGAAGCAUCCUGCCCCUCUGAGCCAACGAGGUGGUGGAUCGAGCAGUUGCGAGUUCGGGGACGAUACUUGUAAUAUAAGUUGAUCUCGAUCAAAAUUAGGACUUCAGUACCGCGAUCAAGUACCCUGCUGGGACAUGUCAGAUCGGAUGCGGUUCCCUCGGCUGGUUACAUCGUUUGAGGCGUCAACUGAACAUGGACUUGCAGACCUUUGGGGCGUGGAGGUGCUGAGUUCACGCUUUGAUAUCGCUGACGAACGUCUCGUUAAGAGGCUCGCAGGAUUGCUAGCCUGCCUCUUGCUGGCAACAACGUACAUUCCAGAAUCCCGUUAUGGCGGC